AUGUCAACACAGACUGGGACCAUUACGGAGGUCGUGCCUCACGUCGUAAUUAAUGCGUCCUCGAAGACGAUUGAUUUCCAGCCUCAUGAGGAAAUCGAGUUGAAUACACGGGCGCCGUCUUUUCAGUCCGGCAGAGCGGUAUCGGAAGAUGAAGGCAUCAAGUUGACGAAAGAUACCAUGUUCAAGCUCUUAAGCGCUGGAUUUUCGUUCUUUUUUGCCGGAACGAGUGACGGUUGCCUAGGAGCUUUGAUUCCAUAUAUUCUCAGGACUUACCAAAUCAAUACUGACAUGAUAGCUGUCAUAUUUGCGGCGUCUUUUGGCGGGUGGGUGGCGGCAGCCUUGACUAACAGCCACUUGCUGAAGUAUCUCGGAUUCGGUUCGAUUUUGGCAAUUGGAGCGUGCAUUCAGCUUCUAGCUCAUGUUCUCCGAGUGUGGACCCCACCAUACGCCCUUUUUGCUGUAUCGUUCUUCCUCACUUCCUUGGGACAGGCGUAUCAAGACUCGCACUCAAACACAUAUGUGAGCGGUGUGAAGGGUGCCCACCGAUGGCUCGGGUUCAUCCAUGCCAUGUAUGCCCUCGGCUUGUUGGUUUCCCCUUUUGUUGCUACUCCUAUUGCCGUGGCGAGACCUGACAGGUGGGCUUUGUUUUACGGCUUUUUGAUUGGCCUGGGUGUUAUUAACAUUGUUGCCGUCUUAUUUGCCUUUCGGGAUUCUUUGAAAGUAAUCCAUCGAGCAGAACCAAUAGUGGAGGGUGAAAACACAAGCAGGGGUAAAUCUGCGGUUGAAGAGAUUAAAGAAACAUUGGGAAUGCGAGCUUUGUGGCUCCUAAGUUUGUACUUCUUUCUGUUUUUGGGUGCUAGUGUGACCGGUGGUGGAUGGAGUGUGGAAUUCUUGGUUCGAAUCAGGGGGGGAGAUCUCUCGAAGAUGGGUUAUGUACCGGCCGGCCAAAACGGUGGAUUAUUCCUUGGGAGACUUCUCCUCGCCGAGCCGACGAAGAGGUUUGGGGAGAGACGUAUGGUGUUAGUGUGCUGUAUCCUGACACUAGCGGCACAGCUUGUGUUUUGGCUUGUCCCGAACAUUCCGGCCAAUAUUGCAGCGAUUUCGUUGGUGGGAUUCUUUUCGGGCCCGUUUUUUGCUACGGGAAUAUCUGUGGGUUCCAAACUUUUUCCGAAACGACUACAACCGACAGCCCUCGGCCUUGUAUUUGCCCUGGCACAAGCUGGAGGUUCACUAUUCCCGGCAUUGACUGGUGUUAUUGCGAGUAGGGUUGGUGUCCAAGUGCUGCAACCUAUUAUGACAGCACUUCUAGUGGCCACUGGUAUUAGUUGGUGGCUGGUGCCCAAAGUUCAUCAUAGAAGAUCUUUCCAGAGCCCUUCUCUAACCAUCCGAACCCCUCCAGCUCUAGCAAGUCUACCUGCGUGUGAGCUUUCCACCACCCUGGAAGCUCAUCCUGGACCAACACCACCCAAUAUUUCGCAGCCAAAAGCGCCAACCGCCCGGCGGCACUCUCGUUCCUCUUCAACAAACGUAUUUCCUGCACAGCUACUUUCUGAACUCAAGGCUCAGUCGGAGUCGAUUGUUGCAGGACAGUUAGUCGCGGCAGGUGGGCUGCCUUCUUCUUCUUCCGCCGUCAUAACCGACGACAACGAGCCCUCUUCCGACACCCUUGUUCCUCAACCCACCCUUGCCACCUUAUACGCCGGCUUUCAGGAAUCCAUAGAUUCAUCGACAUCUACUAGCAGUAGGACACCAACUGCUGCACCUUACAUUCCGAGGAGACCUAGUGCUGAACCUUUGACUACGGGACCGAUGAGCCUAGGCGAGAGCGGCUCGAGUUCAGGUGGGGGGCCUGAUGAGUGGUUGGAGAUGGCAAAGAAGUGCAAGUACUUGCCGGAGAGUGAUAUGAAAAGACUAUGUGAGUUGGUAAAGGAAUGUUUGAUGGAAGAAUCGAAUAUUCAGCCUGUAACAUCUCCUGUCACCGUUUGUGGUGAUAUUCAUGGACAGUUCUAUGACCUCAUGGAGCUCUUCAGGGUCGGCGGCGGUUUCCCACCGGAUAUCAACUACGUCUUCCUUGGCGACUUUGUCGACCGUGGCUACUUCUCCCUCGAAACAUUCACAUUACUAAUGUGCCUGAAGGCCAAAUAUCCUUCCCACAUAACGCUCGUCCGAGGGAACCAUGAGAGUCGUCAAAUUACACAGGUUUACGGCUUCUACGAGGAAUGUCAGACAAAAUAUGGAAAUGCAAGCGUCUGGAAGAGCUGUUGUCAAGUCUUUGACUUCUUGGCCUUAGCAGCUAUCAUUGAUGGAAAAGUUUUGUGCGUUCAUGGAGGGCUGAGCCCUGAAAUCAGGACGUUGGAUCAAAUUAGAGUGGUUGCACGAGCCCAGGAAAUUCCUCAUGAGGGUGCCUUCUGUGAUUUGGUUUGGAGUGACCCGGAAGAUGUGGAUACCUGGGCAGUCUCACCAAGAGGUGCUGGAUGGCUGUUCGGUGAUAAAGUUGCAACGGAGUUUAACCAUGUCAACAACCUGACGCUCAUAGCAAGAGCUCAUCAGCUUGUUAACGAGGGAUAUAAGUAUCACUUCAAAAAUGCCGUUGUCACCGUCUGGUCGGCACCUAAUUACUGUUACCGAUGUGGUAACGUGGCCAGCAUAAUGCAGGUCAAAGAAGAUUUACAACCAGAAUUUAAGAUCUUCCGCGCAGUUCCCGAUGACCAGAGAGCUGUGCCACCAGGACGAGCCGGAAGGGGGGAGUACUUUUUGUAA